AUGGUAGACCACUGUUUUAGAUCUCCGCCUGCAACGAACAAUGUUGAUCUGGUCAUAAAAAAUCCCGUUUUUCAUACGCUCUCCAACGAAAUGCCGAUGUAUUCACCGCCAAUCGUUGAACAGGUGUUUUCCCCUCCUGCAGAAGUCUGUCACAUAGAAUUGCCGGAGCAACUCAGUGAUGAAGAGGUGGAAGAGCCUCAAAUCAUAAUAAUAGAACCUCCUGCUGCCCUCGAAGACAUUCAGCACAUCGAGCCAUCUCCUAUAAUUCCAAUCAUUAUUGAAGCGGAACCUGAUGUUGCCUCAUCAUAUAACUCUCAUACACAUUCCCGCUCAGUCAGUCCAGAUGAGCGAGUCCCAAAAAAAUUCAAAGAAAAGAAGGAGAUGUACGGACGCGAUCCUAGGAAGCUGUUUGAGACUUACCAAGAGGAAUGGGAUCGCUUGGAAAGGCUCUCAGAUAAGCGGCAUGGCCCUCGUCGAAAAUCCAUUCUUAACUUGCAUGAUUACAACGAAAGUCGAUCUGCAUCCGCAUCGCCUUCGAUGAACACCAUCUUUCGAACAUGA